GCAAGCACACAAACAUGUCUCACCUCUCCAACCCGCUUGCCACAGCGGAGCAGCUCUUCAAGAGCGCCAAUAAUCCAUUACCGAUUGAGCUUCUCGACAGCAUUCGCUUCUAUACUGCUCGGCUCACCCAAGCAGCAGGAAUUCUCCUCUGUCUACCUCAAGACAUCACAGCACAAGCUAACGUCCUUCUCUUCCGAUACUGGCUGGUAGAUGAUGUUAUGCGGCACGAGUUUAGCGACCUCUCAGCAGCAGUAGUGUAUUUAACAGCAAAAAUCUCAGCUUCCCCACGUUCUCUCCGCAGCAUAACAAACGUUUACGCGUAUCUCCUCUCUGAAUCCUCCGCGCUAUCUGGUACUCCGGUCCCAGAACCCGAUCCACAGUCUUAUUACCUGUCCGAGGGAACAUACGUCACUCGUCGAAACAAACUCCUACACAUCGAGGGCCAAAUCCUAAAUGCCCUAGGCUUCAACACACAUGUAGCUCUCCCGCAUCCCUUAGCUAUCACCUACCUCCAGACUAUGGAUGUUUUUAUAUCGCCCCGCACUGGAAAGGCGGUUGCGAAACGGGCGAUUGAGUACUUGAACGCGGCAUUGUUGAGUCCUCAGAUGUUGUAUCUCACGCAUCAACCGGCUUCGUUGGCUACGGCGGCUAUUUACCUGGCGGCUAGGGAUAAAGGGGUUAAGUUGCCGGAUUGUGAGUGGUGGGAGGUGAGUGAUGUUAGAGAAGUCGUUAAUAAACAGGAGGGAAUUAGCAAUGGAGAUGGAGAGAAAGAGGACGAGGAGGCAGAGAUGAGUAGGAUGUUGGAUGAGAAAGUUGUUGAUUAAUCAAGUGGAAUGAUCUUCAAUCGAUUUGGGAAGCUCUGGAAAAGGGUAGGACAACUUUGUAUGAAGAGACAGGACGAUACGGUAUGUUGAAUGAUGUGCUAACAGCCAGUCUCCCACCUACUGCACUUCACUUGCAUGUU